UCAGAGACACGAGAAACCGUCUGAUUCAGUCACCAAAGUGGGGGAAACGUGACAGUAGGGGACAGAGAGAGGUUGAGGAGAGGAGACCAGUGUGUUUAUUUCAUACGAGUGAAGUAGAGAGGGAAUAAAUAAAUGUUAGUGAGUUGAAGUGAGAUAUAGUUAUACCCAAGUUGGAAAAGCUCAAGUGAGAGAGAGGGGGCGCGAGUUGAGAAAGAGUCUCGAUCGCAACAGCAUGAAACGUUCAGGCAUGUCUCGAACUCCCGGCAUGCUCGUUGCUGGCGAGUAGACACUAAAUACUCUCUGUGUCUUUACCUUUGGAAUACCAAUUUUACACAUUUUUAUAAUCCCUUUAUUAUAUUGUCUUUGAAACCAGUACCAGUGGUGAGGUUAAACAGAGGUUAUAUCAGUGUAUCGGUUACGGGCUCUCGACAUUUGUGCAUUUUUUUCUGUGCUCCGAUAUUUUUCGGCUCCGUUUGCUAAUUAUUCACGUGAAUACUGGAUUUUUUUUUUUUUUCGACAAUCUGACAGUGAGUGUGUGACAAGCAACUCGAAAAGACCAUCUCGGAUUCUGUUUGUUUUUUGGCUUUUUUUUUUUUUUGGAGAGAGGUUGUGAGACGAGUGACAGUGGGUUUUUUUUUUCUUCGAGUUUAGUCAGUGCCGGGGUAAACGGUUUGGGAGUUUUUUUUACCAGAAAUACCACUGGUUGAACUGUUUGUUGUUGGGAACAGUUUGGAAACUGGAGGUUGAAGGAGGUUAUUGGAGAGUUCGUGAAGAGUUUAAUUCACUUACCCACUGAUAAAUGAAAGGAUCAAACUUGAGAAUUUAUUCCGAGUUCUGGGGAAUGGAUAAACAGGUUGUGGUGAAGUGAGUGAAUUUUUUUUUUUUCGUCUACUGGGUAUAUAUCCUGACGAGUGGUUUUAGUGAAGAAACAUCAUUUUUUGGGUUGGAGUUUAUUGCGGGGAAUUGAUUGUUGAAAGGUGAAUUGUUGAUUGAUUCGUUGAUUGGGAAUUGGUGGGUCCUGAAGAUCUGUAUUUUCAAUGAUCAGUGGCUGGGUCGUGUCCAGUGAUAUUUAUAUACAUCUUUAAAAAAAAAACUGGUAACAGACACGCAUCUUCUUCUGCUGUUUCCCCCUCUUCACUGGCCCCUUUCCCUUGGUGACUUCUUCCCCCGGCAAUGUUAACGGUGGAAUUCCGCUCUAGAGGAAUCUGAAGGCGGGGACUCUGACGUCACUCCGCUCAUGAUAAUGAGAGCGCAGUGAAAUAUGCCAAGGAGACGGAAUGGGGAGAUACCACUUCCGGACGGGUGGGACGUCGCCCAGGAUUUUGACGGAAAAACCUACUUCAUCGAUCAUAACACCCGCAAAACCACCUGGAUCGAUCCUCGAGACAGAUUCACGAAGCCUCAGACGUUCGCGGACUGCAUUGGAAAUGAGCUGCCCCUUGGCUGGGAGGAGGCAUACGACAAACACGUGGGCGCUUACUACAUCAAUCAUGUCAGCCAAACGACCCAACUUGAGGACCCCAGGCAGGAGUGGAGGGCUAUACAAGAAGCCAUGCUCAGGGAGUAUCUGCAAACCGCACAGGACGUACUCGAGGCGAAGAAGGAGAUUUAUGACGUGAAACAGCAGAGGCUGUGUCUAGCUCAGGACGAAUAUGAUCAUCUCAAUAAUGCACUCACCACCCUCGGAGCUUCCCGCACAAGUUUGUGCUCGAGCUCUAGCUCACUCAGUACUAAGUACGACCCGGAUCUCCUCAAGUCUGAUGUGGCAUUGGCGAGGGAUCGAGUAUCGAGACUCAAAAGGGAACUCGAACAAAUCCGAGCUGAAAUGAAUUGCACUCAACGAGGAGUCGACACCCUAGCGAGCGUGGAACAAAAACUGAAUGCCCACCACGGCGGCUGCUACAACAUAACGGAAGCCCAGGCCAUAAUGACAGAACUCCGAAAUAUCCAAAAAUCUCUGUCCUCCGGGGAGAAAGAGAAAGCGGAAUUAAUGCAAUCCUUAGCCCAACUGAAGGAUGAGCUGACAAGGUUACAAUUGUGCGAAGGAAGUCCUGACGCAAGCACCCUGAGUCUCCCCCAAGAGAAGCUCAGCACAGCCUCCCAGACGGAUUUGUCCGGUGAGCUAGUGCCGAUAGGCACACGCCUAGCUGAAAUGGCGAGAAUGAGAUUACAAUACGACGAGGCGAGAAAAAGAAUUCAAUCAAUUCAACAGCAGCUCGCUGACCUCGAGGAGAAAGUGACACCAGGUCAGACAGAGAGUGAUAAGGACAAGCUUCUGCUUUUCCAAGAGAAAGAGCAAUUGCUGCGAGAACUCAGGAGUAUCACACCAAGAACCAGAACCCACCAAGACAUGAAGAAGAUCCAGUGCGAGAUCAGAAGACUGGAGCAGGAUUUGAAUAAUGCCCUGGAGCUAUCAAAUAAGACGAUAACUGACAGAGUGAGAUUGCACGAGGAAAAGCAACUGCUGUUGCAGCAGUUACGAGAUGCUUUGAGAUCUAUGGCGAUGCUGGAGGGCCAGUUGAAGACACUCAGCGCUAGUACAUUAUCGGUAAGCAGCAGUUCGAGUCUUGGUAGUUUGAGCACUACGAGCAGCAAGGGAAGCUUGAGCUCAGGUUUGAGUUUUACGGACAUCUAUGGAGGCCCUCAGUGUUUGGGGCCUGUUCAGCAGGAAAGGCCAGUCGAUAUGGUGGACCUCCACAGGAGAGUCGAGAGGCUUCUUCGAGGCUCUGAGCAGAAUUUGGGAAGUAUGGGGACACCAUCCCCUGGGAGAUCACAACCUAGUCUCUCUCCCAGAUCUAGCCUCUCGUCCGUCAGUCCCCCUGUGUCUCCUCUCUAUGAGAAUGCACCCAUGGGUCCACCUCCUGCUUAUGAACAAGUAGAACUCCAGAGGCGACAGCAGCAGAGACUUCUCGGUCCUGCAACCUCACAUUUAGACAGGUGUCAGCUUGAAGACAAACUCGCUGAAUUGAGAUUGAGUCAGCAAGCCAUUCAGGAACAAAUAACUGCCAGCACUGAGAAACUCAAGUUCAGUCCUCAGCCACCGUUGGAGAUGCAGAGUGGAAAUAUGUCUCAGGGGAGUGGUUUGGGAAGGCCAGCAUUGUCACUUCCUCAGGAACCUCCUUUGUCACCUAUCAGCGAAACUCCACCGCCUAUUGGAAGCAGAUCGAGAGCUAGCAGCUCGGGUACUAAUACGAGAUCCGUUUCUGCGGCUGUUUCGGAUGAAAGUGUUGCAGGAGACUCUGGGGUUUUUGAGGCUUCCAACAGGAGGAGAUUGUCUGGUAUGCAGAGUGUCGAUGCUACUUCCUUUGGUGAGAUGAAUCUGGAGACUGCUCAAGUGCAAAUUAAACUGAGGUAUUCCGUGAGUGACGGCUUACUCCAUAUCGGCAUAGAAAGAGCGAGAAAUCUGGCUGCCCUCUUCAUACCUGACAACUCUCGAGUGUACAUCAAGGCCGCUUUACUGCCCAUGCAACCACCGAUCAAUCACACGUGCUGCACUAAAGCUGUGACGGAUUUGCGAAAACCGACGUUCGGGGAGAGCUUUCCAAUUUCUGUUCCACUCAAUAAAUUAUACACGAAAACAUUACAGGUCAAUGUUUGGUGCACCAGUGGGGAAUCUGAGGAGUGCUUGGGUUCAGCCCAAGUCUCACUUGCAGAUUUCAGUCCCGAGUCCCCAUCGGUGAAAUGGUACAAUAUCCUCUCGUUCCGGUUCAUGCAGCCCUCAGCUCCAGCAACCCCUUCAUCCUCCUCAAAGCAUCGUCACGAUAAACAGGAAUCAGAUAUCUCAGUCUACCGAAGCACUCAGUCCCAAAACACCAAAGAGGAGAGCAGCGAUGAGAGCACUAUAAUCAGCUCGCAGACCUCCACGCUGACCCGCAAUCAGGGCUGUGAAGAGCUUCAAACAGUUGUCUCACUUCGUCUGGAAGAGCUUGAGAACUGCCUUGGGAGUCCAGAAGAGGAGGAUGAGGAACGAGACAGUGACAGUGGCAGUGAGGACAGCGAUGAGGAAGGUAUUCUCGUGGAGUUCAUGAUGGAGGAAAAUGUCCUGGAGGAUGUGCUAGAGCACGAGGAGGAGGAGGAGGAAGAGGAUCUAGAGGAGUCCACGAAGACACAGGACAAGGAGACCAACACGGAGUGCAUUUUUAUACCUGAGCAGGGAAAGCAGAGGAAAUUGUCAGCUGCUGGAAUUGUACCUGGGGCAGUUCACGACGACAAAAAUUCAAUCUUCAUUAAGAGAAGUCAGACAUUCUCACCGAGCGCUGCAGUCAGUAGAAAUCAUUAUAUCUGUCGGUUAAAUAGAAGUGACAGUGACAGUUCAAUGCCUCUUUAUCGGCGUGGUGGACCUUUCCAAAGGAAUUCCGUGGAGAGGAGGUCGUUACGUUGGAGAAGACCUUCGUCAGCCCUAAGUUGCAAAACUGUCUCCAAGAAGUCAACACAUUUACCACAGACUGCUAGAACAUCACUGGAUCUGGAGCUUGACCUUCAGGCACAGCAUGCCAGGCUGAAUAAUCUUCAUGAUGAGCUCAACAGGCUGAGGGAUCUUAAGCAGAGGUUGGAGUCCGCCAGGGAAAAAGGGGACGCCGAUCUUGCUGGAUGGCUAUUGGAGGAUCACAAGUUUCAGAAACUCAUGGCUCAGGCUGAGAGUGGAAAGAAUGGGAAAAGUGCAGAGGAUAAAAAGGUCGAGAAGAUGCUGAAGAAGACGUCCAAGGAGAUUUAUAAAUUGAGGAAGACUAAAGCGGGGAAGGGAAAACCUGAUAUUAUAUCUUUCAAAGAAAAAAUGGCAUUUUUCACUCGAGUUAAUCUCAACGUUCCAGUUCUUCCUCCAGACGAACAAGAAUUUAUCCAAAUUCACCACAAACGUCACUCAUCUGAGCCCUGCACUGGCCACAUCUCUCGUUCAAUUACCCACACAUCAGCAAUAAAUUCAACGAUUAUAAGUGCGCGAAUUGACACUAGAGAAAUGUCUAAAACCAGUACAAGUGUUCAAGUUACAACGAAUGGCACUGACAUGAUUAAACCAAUUCGGGAGAUAACCGAUGAAAAAAGUAAGGAAACAAAUGGCGAGCCGAAGAGGUACGAGUACGUAGUGGACAGAGUCCUCGGUGUUGAGGUUUGAGCAGAAAGAAAAGAAGAUAAAAAAUGUAAAUACAUAAAUUAUUUAAUUCCAAACGAAUGUGCGAUAAAACUAUUUAACUCAUAAAUUCGUUCAGACGAAUAUCUGCUCCAAUUUGUUUCCUAUUUUUCAUCGAUGAUUUUAUUGAGAAAUGGGGCACGUCACCCACCGAGCAGCUGGACUGCCACUGAAAAUGGAGAUAAACAAUCGAAAACAUGGAGAAAAGAAACUAGAAAUCCUGUGCCUUAAAUAUCUAAACCUCCUGGAAUUAAUGCAAUAGAAAAUGUACAAAAUUUUUAAAACGAUUACAGAGAUCGCAAUGUUUUUUUUUUGUCGAGAACAAAAAUCAACGAGUGCCUAGAACUCUGCUCAUACUGAGCUACGUGAUUUUCUUGUGCUUUGUAAUUUAAUAAAGAGUGCCUUCAGAAGAAAAAAAUCAUGAAACGAGGGAGAGACAGAAGAAAAAAUUAUGAAUUCAAACAGUGAUUGAUGACAUAAUGUUUAUGAACAUUGCGUCUGCGUAAGACUCACGACAUUUUGAAAAAUGAAUGGCUUUAGUCACCGGUUUAACUGCCGAGUUAAAUUAAUGGCUUUUUGAAUAAUUGAGGGUUUAUAAUCUCGGUAAAUGUGUAGUUUUAAUAUCUCCGAAUUGAGGGGGAAAAUAAUUCUCAGGUGUUCUUUAUUUCCUUUAACUCUAAUUUUCACCUAUAAAUUAUACCAAAUGAUGAUAGACCUCUUUUGGAAUCGAUUGAAUAGCGAAAUGCAAAAGUUUGUGUAAAAA